AUCGAUGAAUAAGAUUUUUACCUGAAAUCGAUGAUUUUUUGAAGAUAGACUGGUGGAAUAGUAGCCAGAAUUAAUUAAUUAAAAAAAAUAAAUGGUCCAAUGAUUAAAUACUUCCAUUGAAGUCAUCAAUCAACAGUAAAAUCUAAUCUGAUAAGCUUCAACAAUUUUAUAAAAUAGUUUAAAUUUGUCAAAACACACAAUUUUUGUAAUUGUCAAGAAUAAGAAAGGUCACAAUGAGAGUGAUCGUUGUUAUUGCUUGCCUUAUUGUGGCAAUCACUGCCAAAUUGAACGACUAUGAUCACUGGGUCUUUUUUAAGGACAAACAUUCAAAACACUAUAAGAUCACAGAAGAUAAGCUAAGAUUCCAAAUUUUCCAAAAUAACCUUCGCCAAAUUGAAGAGCAUAACGCAAGAUAUGCUAGAGGAGAAGUAAGAUGGUUCAAAGGUGUCACUCAAUUCGCCGAUUGGACCAAAGAAGAGUUCAAGGCUUUAUUGGGACGCCAAGCUGCUUCCAGACCCAAGCGUAAUGAAAGUUUGGGAGUGUAUAUGGCCGAUCCAAAUGUUAAUGUGCCCUCCUCUGUUGAUUGGAGAAAUAAAGAUGCAGUACUACCUGUAAGGAACCAAGGAAUGUGUGGGUCCUGUUGGGCUUUUAGUACCGUUGGAGCUCUGGAGGGACAGGUAGCAAUUCACCAAAAACAAAAAGUUCCUUUGAGUCCUCAAAAUCUUAUCGACUGCUCUAAAGAAAACCUUGGUUGUGAGGAUGGAGACCAAGUGAAAGCUUUCGAAUAUGUUCAGUCGAACGGUAUUAGCUCCGAAGAGGAUUAUCCUUAUAUGGUAAAAGAUCAGGAAUGCAACAAAAAUGUCAAAAAAUCGAUCGCUUCCAUCUCGGGAUACAAACAUCUAAAUCCAACGGAAGAAGAUUUAAUAUCAGCUAUAGCUACCGUGGGUCCAAUCGCUGUCUCCGCCGACGCAUCUGAUUGGCCAUACUACGCAGGGGGCAUCUAUGAUGACAAAUAUUGUGGAGACAAUAUCAACCACGCCAUACUUGCUACAGGUUACACUGAUGAAUAUAUUGUGAUAAAAAAUUCUUGGGGAGAAGAGUGGGGUGAAGAUGGUUACAUGAGGAUAGCAAGAGGAAAAAAUAUAUGCCACAUUAACGAUGACAAUUCUUAUCCGAUUUUGUAAAUUUAAAAAAAAAAAUUGUUAUUGCCAUAUAAACAAUUAGAAAUUGUGAACUGCAAAUAAAAUAAACUUUUUAAAUAAAUGUAUAUUCUAAUAAGUUUUGUAAAUAAAUAUCAUAUUAUAGUA